AUGUCAUGGGAAAUGGAAUUGGAUGAAACUCUUUUAGAAGAUCUUUAUAUAUGGAUUGAUAGUCUUCCAUUAUCAAGACCAAAAAAAAGAAUUGAACGAGAUUUUUCUGAUGGUAUAUUAAUUGCUGAAAUAAUUCGUUAUUAUUUACCUGAUUUAAUUGAAAUGCAUAAUUAUACACCAGCUAAUUCAUUACAACAAAAAAAAGCAAAUUGGGGUAUAUUAAAUAAAAAAGUUUUAUCAAAUUUUGGUCUUGAUCUACCAGAUGUUAUUAUAAAUGGUCUUUCAAAUGGUAAACCAGGUCUUAUUGAAGUUCUUCUCUUUAAUUUAAGACUUAAAAUUGAUGAAGAAUUAGAAUUACAACAAAAACUUCAACAACAACAAAUAACAACACCACGUCAAUCUUCUCUUUCAUAUAUAACAUCAACAACAAAAACAAAUCAAACAAAUUUAUUAACAAAUCGAUCAAAUAAAUCAAUAAAAUCAAUAAAAUUAACAAAUUUAUCAAUACAUAAAGAUAUAUCUCGUCUUGAUUAUGAAGAAAUAAAACAAGAAUGUUUACAACAACAAGAAGAUAUUGAAGUUCUUCAUGCAAAAAUUCGUCGACUUGAACAUGUUCUUCAACUAAAAGAUAUUAGAAUAAGUGAAUUAUCACGAGCUGUUGAAGAUAGUCGACCAACAAGACCAACUGCUUUAAAAAAAAAAUAA